AUGGGCUCGAACGCGGCAGACUCGCUAAGCCCGAUAGUAUCACCCUCCAUACCCCCAUCCGACCUCCCUCGCUUUCUGGACAGGCCAAAAACUCUCCCCUCUCCACGCUCCCGUUGCGCGCCGAUUGAAUUCCCCGGCGGGCCCCGCCCGCAACGCCGUACGCGGACCUUGGAUUCCGCGCCCGCGCAAAGCCCCAGGCAUAGCCGACUCUCCCCCAGAUCCCCGCAACUCGCGGUACGAUGGGCGGAACCUAUCAGCGGAAGGGAGAGCGACCGCGUGCUUUCCCCCUCAAAUCUCUCCUCCGACGGCUCCUCCUCCCCGCUGUUUUCCCCCGAUGGUUCCACCGCCUCCGCGCUUCUUUCCGCCGCUUGGCGCCCUGCCGCGCUCACCCCCGUGCGCAGCCCGCACGCGACGGCGAUCCGCCAUAGGGCUACCUCGUCAAUAGACAUGGAGGAGCUUUGGGCAGACUUUAGUCUCGAAGAAGGUGCCGCGCAAGAUGCGGACAACGCAUUUGGUGGCGCCACGCCGGCGGGCGGGGCUGGCGGAAAUGGAGCGGAAGGGCGGGGGCGGCGGAGAGGGCACGCGCGGAACAUCUCGUUCUCCGACUUCCGGUCGUUCCUAAAAGACAAACCGCGCGACGGCGACGCGAAACCCGGCGAAGUUGACGCUAGUAAUCUCUCGAAAGGGCAGCAACAGAGCGACGCGACGGCGGCGGCGGCGGCGGCGGCGGCGGCGGCGACGGCGGCGGCGCCGGCACCCAGACGUCGCCCGACGCUUUCUCGUCUUUUCUCCAGCCGCCGAGAUCCUACCUCCACGUCUCCCGCCGCGUUGGACGGCGCGUCUAGCGGCGCCGCGCCGUCCAUCAUCCCCGUCUCCCUCUCCUCCAUGUCUUUCCGAGGGCUAAAUGACACGCCAGCCAGCGAUGACGUGGAAUUGUAUGGCGGUGUCGUGCGAUGCUCGUCUGUCGAGACGAAACACGCGCCGCUCUCUGCGCGGCUUGCGGCGAAUGACACUGGCGCUGUGCCGAAAUCCCCUCGGGCCGCGGCGCGCAGCGCAAGCUUUAGACGGAAUCCCGGCGCGGCGGCGGCGGCGGGAACCUCAGGAAAGAGUUUGAGCGGGAAAGAACCAAUGAUGGUCGUUCCUUUCACGCGACGCGUCAAGGGCGGCGCGGGCGCGUCGCAGCAGCAACCGCAGGAGUCGUCGCAGCAGUCGCCGCCGCCGUCGUCGCAGAAGGGCGAACACUGGGGAGCGGAAUCAGGUACGGAGGGGGAGGAGUCGGACGACGAGGGCGGAGGCGAGGGGGGAAGCGCGGCGCACGCAGGUCCGCGCAUCGUCUUCCGCGUGGUACAGAGCCCGCGGGGGCGGGGCGCUGGUCGGGCGGGAGUGGCGCGCGGAACGGGACGUGGGGGGGAAGUUGCGGGGGAAGCGAUGGAAGCGAGGGAAGCGCGGGCAGCGCGGGCAGCGCGGAAAGCGCGGGAAACGCGGGCAGCGCGGGCAGGGGAUGCUGCACUUGAGAACGCGUGGAAGGGCGGCGCGUCGUCUGGUCCGCGCGGCGGCCUCCGCCAAGCUAGCCCGCGGGGCACUGCGGCUAGCAGCCUUGCGGGGUGGCGGGGACUCGCCAGGCAGGGGGACGGAGCGGAACGGAUUGGGGAAGCAGAGGGAGCAGCGGGGGAAGCGGGAAGAUUUGGGGAACCGCGGGUGGGGACUGAGACUGGGGAGAGUGGGGGGAGGUGGGCGAACGGGGGGACUGGGGGGAAUGGGGGGAGUGACGUGGAUAUGGUAGGCUCGUUCCGCGAUAUCGCGCACUCUUGGCACGAUGAGAGCCUGAGCGACGGGAUGGGGCUUUUGGCGGCCGCGGCGGCUGCUGUGGCGCUGCCGGGAGCGGGGGAUAGGAGACGGGCGCGCGGGUGGGAGAAGGAGAGGCGGGAGGCGCGGGGGGUGGCGAGGGGAGAGGCGCGGGGGAAAGGGGGGAGGGAGGAGCGGGGGGGGGGGGAGGUGGGAGGAGAGUACAGCACGUGGCUUGGAUGCAGUGUGGGCAGCGGCACGGGGGGAGCGGAAACGAGUAGCGCGUGGGGGAGAAAGGGGGAGGGGGAAGGGGAAAGUGACGGGGAGGGGGAGGGGGAGGGGGAGGGGGAGGGGGAGGGGGAGGGGGAGGGGGAGGGGGAGGGGGAGGGGGAGGGGGAGGGGGAGGGGGAAGGGGAGGGGGAAGGAGAGGGGGGGAUGGGGGAGGCGCAUUGGCGCAGAUGUAGUCUCAGCUACGGCAUGGGGGUCGGGGGGACGAGCGCGGAGGGGAAUGCAUGGCGCAUGGCUAGUCUGAGUAACGGCAUUGGGGUUAUUGGGGAGGUGGAGAGGAGCGGGCAGGGGGAGGGGGAAGGAGAAGCGGAAGGCGAAGGGGAGGAGGAACGAGGGGAGGCGUCUUGGCGCAGAUGCAGUCUCAGCUACGGCAUGGGGGUCGGGGGGACGAGCGGGGAGGCGGAGGGGAAUGGGGGAGCAAGGGAGGGGGGAGGGGGAAGUGAGACUGCGUGGCGCAUGGCUAGUCUCAGCAAUGGUAUUGGGGUUAUUGAGGAGGUGGAGAGGAGCGGGAAGGGGAAAGGAGGAGCGAAGGAGAAGGGGGAGGAGAGGCGAGAGGAGAGGAGAGGGAAUACGUGGCGCAUGGCUAGUUUGAGUCACGGUAUUGGGGUUAUUGAGGAGGUGGGGAGGGGGAAGGAGGGAGAGGAUGAAGAGGGGAGACGGGGGAGAGAGGAAAAAGGGGAAGGAGAGGGGCCACGAGUGGGGGAGGAGAGUGGGAGUCGUGAGGUAACGAGAGAAGAGAGAGAGGCGAGCAAGGAGGGGGAGGUGGGGGGAGGGAAGGAGAAAGAAGGGGAGGGCUACAGGGUGGGGGAAGAAAGCCAGGGCACAGCAGAGGGGAUGCAAGACAUGCCCUGUGUGAGUGACGCAAACGAGAGUGACGCAAACGAGAGUGACGCAAACGAGAGUGACGCAAACGAGAGUGACGCAAACGAGAGUGACGCAAACGAGAGUGACGCAAACGAGAGUGACGCAAACGAGAGUGACGCAAACGAGAGUGACGCAAACGAGAGUGACGCACACGAGAGUGACGCACACGAGAGUGACGCACACGAGAGUGAUGCUGCCACGCUACCCGUUUCUGGGAAUUCUCAAGCUCAGCAGAAGCAGCAGAAACAACAUGCAGGCCGAAGCAGCAGCUGGGAAUCAGAGCAGCAGGAUGGGUGCACCGGUGCAGCCCUCUCUCUCCCUUCCCCUGCCACGGAUUCUGAGACGUCUCAAAACACUUCUUUCAGCAACGGGGAAUCAGAGCAGCAGGAUGGGUGCACCGGUGCAUUCCUCUCUCUCCCUUCCCCUGCCACGGAGUCGCCUCUUCUCCUCCACCUCGCCACUUCUUCCCCUCCCUCCCACUUUCCCUCCGUUCCCCCCUCCGCUUCCCCUCCUGCUUCCCCUCUCGCUCCUCCCUCCCCUUCCGCCCACCCCCUCUCCCCCGCUUUUCAGGGAGGCGUGCAUAGGAGCACGAGUGAUGGGGUGUUGAAGAGCGGGGAACACAAUGCGCAGCUGCAGGGGGAGCAGCAGGGGGAGCUGGGGGGGAAGCAGGGGGAGCAGCAGGGGGAGCUGGGGGGGAAGCAGGGGGAGCAGCAGGGGGAGCAGGGGGGGGAGCAGGGGGAGCAGAACAGAGAGCAACAGCAGCAGCAGCAGCAGCAGCAGGGAAAAGGGGGAGGGGGGUUUGGCACAGAAUUAAACGCGUCAGGCGCAGAAUCAGACACAGCAGAGACCGGGGUUGACAUAGAGGGAAAGCCGUCAGGAGCAGAUGCAGCAGAAACAGGGAAAGGUGCUGGCGGGACCGCAGCAGAAGCAGGGGUUCGCACAGAAUCAGAGGUAUCAGGUACACAAUCAGGCACAGCAGAGACAAGGGUUGAGACCGGGGAAAGCCCAUCAGGAGCAGGUGCAGCAGUAUUGGGGAAACCUGCUGACAGGACUCCAGCAGAAGCAGGGGAUGACACAGAAUCAAAGGCAUCAGGUACACAGUCAGGCACAGCAGAGGCCCUGGUUGGCACAGGCGGGAGCCCAUCAGGAGCAGAUGCAGCAGGAACAGGGAAAGCUGCUGGCAGCAAGAGUAGGGGGCGGCGCGUGCAAUUCAGUGACGUGGUGAGGGUGAGACGCGUGCUCGUUGCCUGCCCCAGCAUUCCUCGCCUCUCUCACUCGCUCCUUCUCACGCUCACGGCUCAGAAAUCUCACCUCUCCCCUCUUCUUUAG